CUCCUCUCUCUCGUCAUAUAUAAUUCGUUCGCAAUGGCUCGUACUAAGCAGACCGCUCGUAAAUCCACCGGAGGAAAGGCUCCGCGUAAGCAGCUCGCCACCAAGGCUGCCCGCAAGUCCGCCCCGGCCACCGGUGGUGUCAAGAAGCCCCAUCGUUACAGGCCCGGUACCGUCGCUCUUCGUGAGAUCCGUCGUUACCAGAAGUCGACUGAGCUCCUGAUCCGCAAGUUGCCUUUCCAGCGACUUGUUCGUGAGAUCGCUCAGGACUUCAAGACCGAUCUGCGUUUCCAGAGCUCAGCCGUCAUGGCUCUUCAGGAGGCCUCAGAGGCUUACCUCGUCGGUCUGUUCGAAGACACCAACCUGUGCGCCAUCCACGCCAAACGUGUCACCAUCAUGCCCAAGGACAUCCAGCUGGCUCGUCGUAUCCGCGGAGAGCGUGCUUAA